AUGAAAGAUAAUAGCAAUUCGUGGCACACAUUGAAUGGCAAACAGUUAGCUAUCGCCAUUCAUAACUUUAGACACCAAUCCAGACAUUGUCUUGAGCUCUGUGUCGGCGAUAUUGUCGUCAUUUUACAAGAAUCUAAUGGUUGGUUUCGAGGAUAUUCCCAACGAAACUGUUGUAAAAUUGGUAUAUUUCCCGCACAUUAUGUCCACAUCAAGACUUAUGGCGGCAAAUAUGAUAACAAGAAAUGUGAUAACGGCUCACCGCUGGACGAUCCGUUGGCCCGCGAAGUGGUGGCCACACUGCGCGAAUGGCAUCACAAAUGGCGCGAUCUGUAUCUGAAACGAGACUAUCAUCGAUUCGAGGCCAUACGCGUAGCGAUGGUCGAACUGAUCGAAUGGCGCAAACAACUGUUGUCGUCGUCGGUCACAACCACUACCACCUGUACGGCCGAUAUUGGCCGUACACUACGCCAGCAAAUAGUCGGCAAACUUGACUGGGGUAACGAUACACUCGGUCUGGAUUUUGUUCCGCGGACGCCAACCGGCGAACCAGUUGAACCCGAAUCGCGAUCACCGCUGGAACUACUCGACGCUCAUUUGGCACACUAUUCCAGCGGCAGCGGUGGUGGUGGUGGUAGUUCAUCGUCGGCCGACAGUGUCCACUCGCUAUCGUUGAGUAGUAUCGGCCGACAUCUGCCCGACGUCAAGAAUGUCAAGAAGAAUCACUUUCUACUUCAGUUACGCGAAACUAAUUUCAAUGGCAUCGAUGAUAGCAAUCAAAUUCAAAUGGAUUUUUCGCUAUUCGAUGGCAACGAAUAUCUGACCGAAAAGUUUUGCUACAAACCGAAUGCCAAACUCAGCCGAGUUGUGUUUACCGAUUUAUCAGCCAAAACAUUGGCCGCCAACGGUAGCGCCGGUAGCGGCAGCGGUGCCGACGGCCUGCAGCUUUGUGUCCAGGUUUGGCGUUUCGGUAAAAUGUUUGUCAACGAACGAUCGGGUAAAUCGGUUCAGGGAACCGGCCAUUUCAAACGGGCACUGGCCUUCAAUAUGGUACCGAUUGCCGACCUGAUCCGAGAUUCGGACGUAGCGUUGAAACUCUACGAGGGAGAUAUGGCAUCCAAUUACGACAUACUGGUGCGCAAACAGACCAAUAAGCUGACCCAUUGCCAGAACGCCUACAUCAACAUCAGCUGCAAACUGAUGAGCGGCGAUGAACUGCCGCCCCAUUUGCUGGAAGCGCCCAACACUUGCGUAGCGUUGACCCGUAGUUUCGGCGACAUUAUAAGUGCCGGCCAUUUUCGAAACGAUUUCUAUUUGUCCAUCGAAUCGGCCGAAUUCGAAAAAAGCGGUAAAACAAUACCGAAAAAUAUCGAAGUAACCACUUGUCUGGUUACCGACGAAGGCAUACAGGAUAAGGCCAUCAGCAACGGUGUCAACGACGAUAGGCAUACCUAUCAUCGGUCGCAUGUCUUGUAUCACCAGAAUUGUCCGAAACUUAGCGAACAAAUGAAAGUCUAUGUACCGCUGGACUUGUUCGAGGCCGCCCACAUACGGUUCGAGUUUCGGCAUUGUUCGUCGAAGGACAGGGACCGAAAACUACUGGGGUUUGCAUUCCUACCGCUGGCCAAUCCGAUGGGCGCCUGUAUACCCGACGGCGAUCACGAACUCUAUAUCUACAAAUGCGAAGACAUCCGUAAAUUGGAUAACGUUAACGACUAUAUAUUCAUACCGUGGGGACCGAAGGACGCCCAGUGCGCCUCAACUUCGGGUUUGUUUGGCCGUUCACCGAAAGAGCUGUGUCACGUACGGACGUGUUUGGUAUCGUCCAAACUCACCCAAAACAGUGAUUUACUGUCGCUACUCAAAUGGCGCCAGAAUCCCGAAGCCGUUAACGAUGCGCUUCAGCGGGUAAUGCGAAUACCCGGCGAAGAGUUGGUCAAAUUUUUGGAGGACGUACUCGACGCUCUGUUUUCAAUGUUUGCCAACAACGACGGCUCAACGACCAGCCAUUCGGGACUAGUAUUCAAAGUGUUGAUCCAUAUAUUCACUACGUUGGCUGAACCGAGAUUCAGGAGCUACGAGCCGGCACUCGAUGUCUACAUUGAGUCCCAGUUUAGCGCAGCACUUGUCCACAAAGGGCUGAUAUCGUGUGUAAAACAAUGCGCCGAAAUGGUCGGCGAUUCGCACAAACGCGAAGCCAUAUUGAAAUGUAUGCGCGUCUUGUCGUGGCUGAUCAAAUUUAUUAUACAGUCGAGGAUAUUGUUUACACGGGCCACUGGUCACAAUGAUGAUAGCGAUAGUUUUCGGUCGGAUAUGUUUGCACUGUACGGUUCGCUGAAUCGGGUGCUUACUAUCGAAACUAAAGGUCCGAGCGAUGAAAGUAUAACAUCAAUACAGGAGGCGAUACUGGUGUCGAUACCGAUAACCUUUCCGCAGCUCAUCAAUGUCCUGAACGUUAUGAAUCUAUCAAAACUAAUCAAAAUGAUUAUCAAUUCGGUAUUCGACGGUAACUAUAAGAUAAUCGCUGCCAAACUGAUGGUCAUAAAUGAAACGGUUAAAUGUCGGACGAUAUGGACGGAUGAUGAAUCCCGAUUUGAACUGUUGGACACAGUUAUCCGUCAACUGGUUCUGCAUAUUGUCGAAAAAGAGUCGCUACCAAUACUCAGGCGUAUUGUCAUUGAAUUGAGGCAAAACGGUAGCCAACGGGAUACGGAAAUGCUAUCGAUUGGUGCACUGGACGUAAUGGUCGAACAUAUUAUUGACUUAUCGGAGAUUAGCGGCCAAAACGAUUCCGACUAUUUAUCACAAUUUAUCACUUGUUUUAUAUCACUGUUAGAGCGUAUGAAUGACACGGAUUAUAUCCAACUGUUUGAAAUCCGGUCACACCGUCAGCGAAAAGAGCUAUUGUGUCAUAUUUUCGCGGCAUUUCACGCAACACUGGCCCACUUUCCCGAUCAUUGGUCAGCGAUGAAAAUGACAGCCAAUCGGGUCAUACUAUGCGCACUACAGGAGCUGUGCGCUAUAAUGAGCCGCGAUUUCUUGGAUCUAACUUUCGAUGUACUGGUUUGGCGAUCAUUUUUUUCGUUGGCCAUCAGUUUCCUAACCCAACGUACCCUUCAACUGGAAUCCUAUUCGCUGGCCAAACAAAUGUCCAUUUUGGAUAACUACGGUCCCGAUAUGCGCGUACUGAUGGGCUUCCAGUUGGUCGGCUGCUGGGAUCAGUUGGGUUCCCUGAAAAUCAAUUUCAUCCCGGCCCUGGUAUCACCAUUUUUGGAGGUAACACUGGUACCCGAAACUGAUCUGCGGAAGGCAACGAUUCCCAUAUUUUACGAUAUGAUUAAUGUCGAGUAUAAUUGUAAUGGCAAUUUCAAACAGGUCGAAUGUGCGCUAAUCGACAAAAUCGAUAUACUGGUCAACAACGGUGCCGGCGAUUCCGAAUUUCGGGAAUUGCUGUCAGCUAUGAAUAAUGUUAAACAAUUUCUAAACGAAAAACUAACACAAUUGACGCCACUCUGGCGGGACGAUGGCCACCGUUUUAUCGGUUCACUAUCGAAACUGUUGUCCCUAUUGAUCGACUACAGGACAGUCAUGUCGGCCGAUGGCGGCGAUGGCGAUUCGGUACUAAUGUGUACGUAUGCAUUGUUACGAUUUUAUCGGGACGAAAUAUGUUCGGGUAAUCGUACGGCGAUUAUGCUGAGGUAUAUUGAAAAACUAUCGGCCCUACAUAUCCUACUGGGCAAUUAUGCCGAAUCGGCAUUUACACUACAGCUGCAUACAAACCUACUGUCCUGGGAAGGGUCAGCGGAACUGGUGAAAAAAGAGCAACUAUAUCAGCAAAUUAUUGAAUAUUUUGAUCGGGGCGCCUGCUGGGAGGAAGGUGUCCACGUGUGUAAGGAACUGGCACCGGUUUACGAGCGCCAGUAUCAACUGGAUAAGCUAUCGCUAGUAUUGAAAAGGCAUGCCAAUUUUUUGGAUAAAAUUUUAACGAAAUUAAGGCCCGAAAACGAAUAUUUCAAAGUCGGUUUCUAUGGCCUGGACUUUCCCGUAUUUUUACAGAAUCGGGUAUUCAUAUUUCGCGGACUCGAACUGGAAAAGAUUGGCGCCUUCACUCAGCGCAUCCAAUCGGAGUUUCCCGCCGCUCAGCUGAUGACCAAAAAUAUACCGCCCGACGACAGUAUUACCGAAGCUCAGGCACAAUAUAUUCAAAUAGUGGCCGUCAAGCCGAUUGCCGAACCGCCGUACAUAUCGAAAUCAAUGGACACUAACGGCGUCGGUAGUGGUUCAUCGGUUCAGAAUAUGGUACCCGAACCGGCUCUUAGCUACUAUAAUACCAAUUGUGUCCGCAAAUUUAUUUACGAUCGACCCGUACAACGGGCACCGUUCGAUCCGAACAAUGAAUUCAAAUCCCUAUGGAUUGAACGAACCUGUUGUCAGAUAGAGCAUCGGCUGCCGGGUGUCCUACGGAUGUUCGAAGUAGUGGCCACUCAGACCACUCAAGUAUUGCCGAUAGAGCACGCCUGCGAAACCAUCGAGAAUAUGAAUACCGAAUUGUCGAAAUUGAUCUCAAAUUUUACUUCGGAUACAAAAUACGAGUCAAUAUCGCCGCUAUCGAUGCGAUUACAAGGUAUCCUAGAGGCGGCUGUCAACGGUGGUGUUGCCAAAUAUAUGGACGCAUUUUUGAUGCCAGCCUUUAUUGCGGCCAAUCCUAAUCUGGCCGCACACGUUGUCCGACUGAAGUCGGGUAUUGCACAUCAGGUACGGAUACUGGAAGGCGGUCUAACAUUGCAUGGCCGACUGGCACCGUUGGCCGUACGGCCACUGCAUCAGCGACUGGUCGAACGAUUUCAGACAAUGCGGGCGCACAUACAUCAGUCAAACAUCGAUAGCCGGCCAUCGAUACUGUCGCAGCCGUUGCCACCGAUUCCCGGCGGUGGCGGCGAUACACACAAAAAGGCUGUACUGAACAGUGCGGCCGCAGCUUUUGCGGCCAACCCUAUUGGCAGCAACGAAAUGCUGGCAGUCUAUGGCCAUCAAAUGCUAGACGAAAACAUCUAUUCCGUACCGCAAGAUCAGGCCAACAAUUGUUUGUCUCGGCCUCGAAGUGCCGGUUUCGAGAACGGAGGCGCCGCCCGAGUCCAACGAUCCCGUUCUAUACCCCGAUCGCAUCCAAUCAAUUCGGGUCUGAAUACUAUUCAUUAUUCAUCGACAACAUCCUCAUCGUCAGCGUCAUCGACGACCAGUACUAACACCAACACCAACAACAACAACAAUACUGGUCCACCGUUACCGCCGCGUGCCUCGACAUUGGAGCGCAAUCAUAGCCACAGUAGUACCGGCAGUAAUUCGGACAGUAGGCCAGUACUGCCCCGACGGCAGCGCAAGUGUUCGACCGAUUUGGAGUAUAAGCUAAUCGAUAUCGACAUCGAAAGUAUACCGUCGACGCCGACACUGUUGGCAGCUAUCAAACGAGCGACACAUUCGGCAACUGUCGACUACGGCAACAUUGGCGGCGGCGGCGGCGGUACUACCGCUGAUACUUCGGUGGUCAACAAUAAUAAUAAUAAUCAUCAAAACAAUACUAGUCUUCUCGAUUAAAACCUAACAUACCUAACAUUCCCCU